CCUUUCCCCACUCGUCUGUUCAGCCAGGCUCGCGCUCCGCUGCUGCAGUCUGUGUUUUGAGGGGUAAGCGCGUGAGGUCCAACCUUGGGAAGAUGCCAGAGGUUCCGUCCGGAGCUCCAGAGAUGUCCCGGAAAAGAGGCGCUGAGCCUGGACCGCUACCCGAGCACGUCCUGGAGAGGAAAAAGGCCUGCUGGGGCAUUCUGACUAGUCAAGGGUCCUGGGCAGAUCGCUCCCCUCUCCAUGAAGCAGCUUCUCAGGGUCGACUGCUUGCCCUGCGCACUCUGCUGGCCCAGGGAUAUCACGCCAACAUUAUCACCAUCGAUCAUGUAACCCCUCUCCAUGAAGCCUGCCUGUCAGGACAUGUAGCCUGUGUCAGAGCAUUAAUACAUGCUGGAGCUAAUGUGAAUGCUGCUACCAUCGAUGGUGUCACUCCUCUGUACAACUGUUGUGCUUCUGGGAGUGUCGGUUGUAUGGAACUGCUGCUGCAGAAUGGAGCACACACCCACACACCACACACACACUUCCCCUCGGCUCUCCACGAAGCCUGCAAGAGAGGUAACAGCCAGUGUGUAGAGUCCCUGCUGUCUCAUGGGGCAGAUCCAGACUAUGAAGUGUCCCACUUGGGUUCUCCUCUCUACAUGAGCUGUCUACACCGACACACAGCCUGCUCAAAGAUUCUGCUUCACAGAGGAGCCAAUGUUAAUGUAGGCAGAGGAGGUGACAGUCCUCUGCACGCCUCUGUCAGACAGGACAGUGCCGAUCAGGUGUCACUGUUACUGGAUUAUGGAGCUGAUGUCAACAUCAGAGACAGUAAUGAUCAACGGCCUGUGGAGCUAGCGCCUGUUGGUGGAAAAACACAACAGCUGCUACUGACAUUUGAAGUUUCUCCGAGGAAUCUCUGCCAGUUGUGUCGUCUCCAGAUCAGGAACCUGAUUGGUCAAUCCAGACUGAAACUGCUCCCCCUCCUUCCUCUCCCUUCACUGCUCACUCACUAUCUGGAGCACAUAGGAUGAUGGGCACACAUACGUACAUAUGCAGCAUGACAGGGAAAAGCAACUGCAAUUCUGUUAACAUUUUAAAUUAGAUGUGCCAAGCCCCUUAUUAACCACAUGUGAUGUUUACACUUCACAAUGUUUUACACUGUAUGGUUGAGUUUGGCUACUACAAUGGCAUUACAUCAACAAAUACACUGCAUUUACUCUACUGCACGCUGUACUCUGGUACAUAGUACAAUGCCUUUGUGUUGCCAUAAUUGGCACAAUCUGUGUUUAUUUAAAAUGUUUAUUCAAUAUGACUUAUGCACAAUAUGUCAUUUUGUAAAUAUUGGACUUUCCAUUGGCAAGUGCUUGCCUUCAGGUGUCAAUAAAUGAUCCCCCAGCCUUCACAUUUUUAAAUCACGACUUAAAA